CAGGAGCCCCUCCCCUUUCUAGUCUCCGAUAUAAUAGUGCUAAGUCAGUAGUUUAUAAAUACAGAGAUGCCCUUCAACUUUUGGCUGGUGUGUACGUGUUUGGGUGCUCUGCUGCUGACCGAGGCUCAGAGCAGAAGCAUUGACAGAGAAGAGCAGUCCUUGGGAGACAGAGUGCACAGAGUCGUAAGAGAUGUUGCUAGCAGCUUAAUCGCCCCCCAAACUGAAUCUGCUACUCUCACAAGAGUUCAGAGGUCUCAAGUGCUCCUCAUUGAGAACAAAUGUGUGUCAAACACCAGUUGCGUAGAUUCAAAAUUCGGCACUAAUGUCCCAUCUGACCUGGUCCACUGCAACGCUGACUCGGGACUGUGUGUCUGCAGUCAGUGUUUUGUGAGGAUAGACAACACUUGUGAAGUCAUUGCUCCGCUCUGUCGGAACUACUCUCUCGAUACAAUGCAGUGUGUGGAGAAUAGAAAAUCGCAAGAACUUACUUUUCUACUGUCAGUGUUUUUAUCAUCGGUGGGUGCAGCUAACUUCUAUAUUGGAGACUAUGUAUUAGGUGGAGUUCAGUUGGGGUUACUCGUGGCUGCUAUCAUCAUCUCCGUUGCGUGUAUUUGCCUUCCAGUUAUCGCGAUAAUGUGUGUAGAAGAAGAGGACGACGAUUACGACUGGGGAGAGUGUUGUGUGACUGUGAGUGCAGUGACUGGUUUGGUGCUGGUGGUCAUUCUAGUGUUUGCUAUUGCUUGCUGGUGGGCUGCUGAUUUAGCAAUAUUUGCUUACAAUGGACGAACUGAUUUGAACGGUUGUCCCCUCAUUGCAGACUUGUAACUGUAAAUUAAUGUGUAUAAUUUGACAAAUGUUAUCACUUCAUUGUAUAGUAAUUGUUAUGCACUCAAUUUUUGUAUUUGUCAUGUUUUUCUGUUGUAUGGUAUGUA